ACUCUCAAAAUCGCAAUGUAUACCCAGCUGUUUAGCGCGUUUUAAUAAUAACAACGAAAUUCACACUUCGCACCCAUUACGGCCAUACACCGAGCUCUGGGCAGACAAAUAAAGCGGGUAAACAAAAAGUGUCACCUAAGUGUAACUGUCGUACGAAAUUCAUGCGCGUCCUCGGUGCUCGGUCGCUGAAAUCAAGAUCAUUACCGGCUGGGCAGCGAGUGAACUUACAUUUAUUCGUCACAGUCGAAGAAGAUAACAUUCGCUACCGGUGGUGACGGCGAACAGAACGAAAUCCGAUUUGAAGAUGGACUUAAACACAGGACCACCACGCGCCGGUGAGAAGGUCGGGGAGCGGGCGCAAAUGCUGCAGGGCCAGGAUGCAACGACGAAGCAUCCACGCAUUGUUUUCACCGCCAAGGCUCGCAAUCAAAGCGUUGGCGACAAAGCCAAGCGGUGCUUACGCAACAAACUGCGCAUCCUGAAUUGGAUCGGUCGCUACAAUGUGGAGUGGGGUAUUAACGAUGCCAUCGCCGGCAUAACCCUAGGCCUUACCAUCAUCCCCGAGAGCAUUGCCUGUGCCCUGCUGGCCGGUCUGCCAGCUCGGUAUGGCCUGUGCUCUGCGUUUGUGGGUCCACUGAUCUAUUUGUUCUUUGGGUCGAUCGACAAAGUCAUUAUUGGGCCCACCAGUCUGGUGGCCCUGGUCAGUGUGCAGUUCACAGUCGGCAAGCCCAUAGAGUUUGCCUUCAUGCUAACCUUCCUGAGUGGUGUGGUCCAGCUAAUAAUGUCAAGUCUACGGAUGGGCUUCAUCUUCGAGUUCAUUUCCAUGCCCGUCAUAAAGGCCUUUUCUUCGGCAACGGCGAUCCUGGUUAUAGAAUCGCAAAUCAAGGUACUUCUGGGUAUUAAGUACCUGGUGGCGGGACUGGUAGAGUCGGUGAAGACGUUGUUUUUGAGAUACGGUGAAGCCAACACAGGCGACCUUGUCAUGGGCAUUUGCGCCAUCGCCUUCCUCGUUCUGUUUGAGCUGUUGGAGAAAGUGGCGGAUAGAGGGAAAGGAAAUAGAAUUUGGAAGGUCACGUGUCGCUAUCUCUCCUUUUCGCGUACAACCCUCAUAGUGGUGAUCACGGCCAUUGUAUCGUAUGUCUGGCUGCAGUCCGAGCCCCAGGUGCCAUACGCUCUGAGCAGGAACGCCCUGUCCGGCCUACCGAAUAUAACUCUGCCGGUAUUUACGAUAGAAACCCCAGAGAAGACGUACUCGUUUUGGGAUAUGAUAGCGGAGAUGAACGUCGGCAUAAUCGUCAUUCCCAUUAUCGGCAUUCUGACGAACCUUUCCAUCGGAAAACUGACUCCCAAGGGGAUGGUGGAUACAAAUCAUGAGCUCAUGACACUGGGAUUGUGCAAUGUGUUCGGAUCCUGUUUCCAAUCCAUGCCUACCUCCGGUGCUUUCACCCGGUAUGCCAUCAGUACAGCCUGCGGGCUUAAAAGUCCCAUGGCCAACCUGUAUUCGGGCAUCAUCGUUUUGCUGGCUCUCGUCUUCCUUAGUCCGUAUUUCAAUUACAUUCCAGAGGCGACACUGGCUGCCAUCCUGAUUUGUUCCAUAUUCACUUUGCUUGAUUUCAAACUCCCCCUGCGAUUGUGGCGGGAGUCCAAGCGUGACUUCGGCGUGUGGGUAAUAUGUUUCUUUGUCUCGGUACUCUGUGGUGUGGAGGUGGGGCUCUUUGUCAGCCUCAUCAUCAAUGUGGCUCAUUUGCUUUACUUGUGGGCUCGGCCCGAAAUAUCGGUGAAAAUUCAAGAGGUCGACGAUAUGCAGUAUAUAUGUGUGACGCCCGGCAAUGGCAUCUAUUUCCCCGCCAUUAACCACCUACGUGCCAAAGUACUCAAGGCAGCCAUGCAGGCCGAGUUCCAGAUUCCAGUGGUCAUCGACUGCCAUAAGGUAACAGGCUUGGAUUUUACAGCCGCACAAGGUUUCGUCAAGCUAGCCGGUGGCCUUAAAUGCGAAGAUGACGAGCAAAGUGGCGGCCGGAGCACUGAGGCCCUACUUGUGCUGUAUCGCUUGGAUGUUUCCUUGCAGAAGCUGAUUGACAACGUCGACAACCUGGUGUUCUGUGAAAGCCCAGAUAAAAUUCGCGAAUUCCUCACUCAAGAGUCGCUGCGCAACGGCUUUAUAAAUCUCAAGGAACACAUACGGGCAUCCAUUGACCUCGGCUACAAAAUCGACAUGGAAGGCGAAUCAUAACUUCCCCCAAUAUGUUUUAAAUAAAAAAAAUUAGCACUUCCAGCUAUUGCAUAACUAAA